CUCUUGCUUCACUGGACAUUCUCUCUGAUAUCGUAUAUGAUUGCAAGUCCUAUGCCAUGACGGUAUACACGAAACUGGUCAUGGAAAUCAGUACAUUAUCUCUGACGAUGAUGCAGAUACGCAUAUUCCCGCUAUUCCGCCUGCUUUGGGUUUCUGCCAAUGUUUCUCGUCUAAACUAUGCAAACGCCAACCCGGGAAACAAGAAGGAAAUACACCGAAAAGAAAAAGUAACGCGGAGAGAAGAAGAAUGCUCUCUAUCCAAGAAUAAGUGAAAUAGAAGAAUCGAGCCCAAAGAAGCGUCAGGACGUGCAAAUAUGAGCCCCUUUGCGUGGCAAAGUAUAUCGUACAGUGAGAGGGGUAUCGACAAUCGGAAAAAAAAGGCGUUCAGGCU